AUGCAAACGGACACCAGCCACAAAUACAUAUUACCAGUACCAGACAUCAUUGAAAUCAAUCACAAGGAUCGACGCAAGAUGGAUGAAUACAUUGAAUCUUUUCCUGCGACGCAACACGGCUAUCGAAUUCGAAUCGGUCACUCGCAUAGUCGUAGUGCACUCUCACAAUAUGAGUGCUACCGAUCAGGUUAUCCACAAGGAGGACAACAAGCCGUCGGCACCACAAAAUCUGCCCGUAUAGGAUGUCCCUUCGAGAUCGAUACCCGAUAUCUUUAUCAUAGCUCAUCAUGGCUCCUAAUUUAUUCUCACCUUGGACAUAACCACCCACCCGACCCAAACGUUAAAGCUCGCAAGAAGCACAAGGAUCCUAAUGCCCAACCCAUCCUUGCUCCAGGAGUCACACUUGACAAUGACAAAGACCAAGAUCCAGGCCCAGGUGACAUCGAUGCCGAUUCACACGAUAUCAUUGAUAGUCAGACUAAUGUACUAUCAAAAUCGCCGGUUCACCUUCUUAACAACCCAUCACUGCCUUCACCUGACAUCGGACCAAACAUUUUGUCACCUGCAACACUAACAAAUGCAAAGGUCAACACCAAACCCCACGAUUCACGAUUACCAAAUGUGAACCAAUCACACUCACCCCAACAUUCAAAGGAGAUGCAUUGUGAUUAUCACCCUACACAACCUUCCCAACGUAUCAAAGCCCCUAUUGAACCACACGACUCGCUAGAUUUGACUAUGUCCAGCCUCACAGCCCGGCUCCGAGCUAUGACUCCACGUCGCCGGCAGGACACUCUGAUCAAGAUAGAAUCGAUUAUAAGUGAAGCACUACCUGCGUUGGUUUCCUUCAAACCACGCGAGCCUAUCGAAUCGAUUAUAAGUGAAGCACAACCUGCGAUGGUUUCCUUCAAUCCACACGAGCCUAUCGAAUCUAUUAUAAGUGAAGCACAACCUGCGAUGGUUUCCUUCAAUCCACACGAGCCUGCCUCAAGCCAGCCAGCGUGUUCCACUCCCCUAAAGGAAGCCCAUGAGGCCACAAUUGUUGAAACGAUCGAUAAACUCAUAGACGAGUUUUAUGACGGGCCGACCGAACUCACCACCUCUACGUUCAACUUCAAAGAUCUCAUCCUUUCUCAGCCCACAGAAAACUCUACGGUACCGGUUGAUACAACCACAAAAUCACCAAAAUCAAGAAAAUCAAGCGAAGAAGAUACAAGUCUAACUCCCACAAUCGCUGACAAACCUCCACCGCCAUUGCUCCCUAUCUCACCCACAUCACUAUCACUACGCAGUCCUGUGGACUGCCAACGCGUUACCCGGAAACGAGCACGGGAGGCAGGCAUACUUCAGAAGCCGCACUUGAUUAAUCCCAAUCUACCCGCCCUGUUGGCGAAGUACCGGAUUCACACGUGGCUGGAACCGUAUGUUAUCGAUCUUCGUGAAGUCAAAGGCGACGGACACUGUGGAUUCCGCGCUAUUGCCAUAUCAGUUGGGCAAUCGCAAGAAGAAUGGGCUGACAUACGUUCAAGGAUGCACGACACAGCCACCACUAUGCCUGAUGAGCGGACUUUACCUGAGGGCCGCACCGAAUGCUUGGCACGUCUUGCAACCACCAAAGCAAACGUCGUCAGUGAGCAGAAGUAUUGGCUCAGCAUGCCAGCGUGGGGAGGUCUCAUAGCCACAACUUUCAAUCGCCCAGUAUUGUACUACGAACCUGGUUCUUAUAGUCAGAUGGUCUUUCCCUUUCUAACCCCCCACAACCUCAAUUCUCCAAUAGUUCUUGCCUGGGCCGACCAUCACUUUGCAUCACUACUGCUCGAUUUUACACGUCCAAGCUUCCCCGCACCACGGCUUUGUGGAACAUGGCGACGAUUUCAUAGUGAAGAUGCCUCCAGUUGGUUAGAUGUAUGGCAACCACUUAUUGAUGCACACGCCAAAUUGAUCCAGGCCCAAAUUAAAUAUCUACGUAAGAAAACCAAACAACGAGACCCUAUAAAUCUAACUCUCUCAGAUUGA